AUGACAUCUGAUACUGAAGAUAUUUUAGUUUACGCACUUGACGUGCCAGCGGAUAUUCCUAACAAUGACGUUGGACAAAUGCUUCAAAAUCGCAUUGAGAGGAUCGGACGGAUGAAAAUCAAGAAUGUGAAAUACUACUCGAAACUCUGUAUAGCUGUGAUUCAGAUGAUGAAUGAGGAUGAUAAAAUACAUCUGAUUAGUAAUAUGCAGUCAGCUAUCCUCGAUUCCCAACGUGGCACAAGCAUCUUCUUUACCGAUCAACUCGAACUUGAUGCUUUCAUAGUGCUCGAUCGAAAUGCAUCGAAAUUUCCUUCUUCUGAACAAGUUACAUUUCGUCUCAAGGGAAUAUUUAAAAUAACAAACGAAAUCGUCUGUGAGUUGAUAUCGGAUCAAUUUCCCAACGUGUUUCACAUUACUCUUAAUUCACUCGAUGAUCUCGUCAAAGUAGCUAACAUCAGAGAGAUUCAAAUCGACAACAUUGUUGUGACCAUUUAUCCACGUGCUGAGUGUACUUUUCUAGAGGAUUUACCACCAUAUAUUACUGAUGCCAAACUUCUAUCUGCUAUUAGCAGUGAAUCUGGUGGCAAAGAACUAUCAACAACAUCAUUGUACGUACAGUAUAACAACGAUACUGGUAAUGCCAUUGUUUUAACUGCAAAAUUCAUUAAAACAUGGUCCAUAGAAAAUGUCGUUACAAUUGACGGGCGAAAAGUAGCAAAGAAGAAGAAACUUGACUACCGAGUACUUAUCUCUCCAGUAGUUCGCGAUUUUGAUGUUAAUCAUAUCCUGUAUCAUGAAUUAUUCGCAAAUAAAGUUCUUGCUCACAAGCACAUCAAAGAUCAACUUAUUAUUCAACUUGAUAAUAAAGAAAGCUACAAGAAUUGCUUAUCCAAAGGAUUUCUACGACUAAACGAUAUAAUGUUGGAAAUAAAACCAUAUGCUGUUGUUAUCGAUGCAGAAACUAUGGAUAUCAACGCUGAGAACUGGUACGAGACAGCAAUGUUGAAGAUGGAACCGAAUAUUUUGACAUUAAUCCAUAAUUCUCAACAUCCAAUCUUUCAUUAUCAGUGGGAUGCUCAAAAUUGGAUUGAACAAUUUCGAAAAUUAGAAUCGACUGAACAGCGUUCAAAAAAUGAUGAUUUACGUCGAGCUUUGUUACGCGUAACAGUCAUGUGGAAUACGAUUGGUGUUUUACGUAAACAACGUUAUACAGUUAAUGAUGAAGAAAUUAUAUUGAAACCCAAAACUAUGAAAACAAUUGUUUAUGAUCAUAAAUCAAAACUAUCGAAUGGAUUGAAGAUAUCAAGCACUAAUAUUAAAAUACCGUAUGCAUCGACUUCUGUUAAAAUAGUUAAUGAAGAUUGUCUGAUCGUUUACCAACGAUUGGUUUCCGAAGGACGUCGACCACUACUAUUGAAUAUGGCCAACCAAGUCAGUCCAGGAGGAGGUUAUCGACAAGGCGAUGAAGGACAAGGAGAGAAUCUUUUUCGUCGGUCAAAUUAUUAUCAAAGUCUUGACAUUGAAAUAGCUGACAAAAAUCAAUCGGAGCGGCUGCGUGCUAAUGAUAAAUGUGAACUUCGAUCAAUGCCACUAAGCGAUACAUUCUAUCCAAUGGACGAAUUUGGAGCGAUAUAUACAAGUGGUAUUACAGCCUUUCGUCAAACAGAAACCAUGGGCUAUGCAUACAUGAAAUCGCCGUUGUCGAAUGUUUGUGCUAUUGCUAUGGCUGCUUAUCGAGAACCGAAGUUAAAAACAAACAAACUAUUAGAGAAUAAGUUUGCCAUUCGUACUCGAAAGAAAAUUGAAAAUAUUUUUGCCAUUGCAUAUCAUCAUAAACAUGACUGUCUCGUUUUAUCGGCUCUUGGGUGUGGCGUCUUUAAAAAUCCACCUGAUCAUAUUGCUGCUAUUUUUGAGUCUGUCAUCUUACAAUAUGCAGGUUUCUUUAGUACUAUUUACUUUGCUAUUAUUGAUGAUCAAAAUAUUGGUAAUAAAACUAAUCCACAAGGAAAUUUUCUGCCAUUUCACGAGUUACUCGAUGGUGUAAUCAUGCCAUUGCCAACGUUAUUCCGUAUCAAUGCAACGAUCGGACCAAAUCGUAUUACUGAUAAGUCAGCAGAUGGACAAUUGAUCUUAAGUGAUGUUGUCAUUUUACAUCUUCCACCAUGUGAUAAUGGUGCAAAAUGUCGUGAUUAUCAAAAGCCUGAACAUCGAAAUCAAUUUUCACAUCCGCCUCUCUGUCCACUUGCAAAUUUAACUUCUGCUUGUGAUCGAUUGGAUGAUCCGUCUCAUACGUUCUUGUUCAUGCACAAUACUAAAUGCAAAGAUGGUGGUAAAUGUGAUAACAGUGAUGCAAUGCAUAUUCUAAACUUUGAUCAUCCACCCGUUUGCAAAUACGAAGGUGACUGUACAAAUAUUAGUGAAAGUCAUUUGGUUGCUUUUCGGCACUUACCUAAUUGUUCAGAUGGUCCUGGAUGUCGGAAAAAGCGAAGAAGGGAUGCUGAACAUUUAAAAUUGUUUCGUCAUUGCAAAUCCGUCUGUCCUCACGAUAACUGUUGCGCUUAUUUUCAUGACAAGACGCAUUUAGACAAUACGAUACAUUCAUUUAGCUCACCUUGUCCGCUAACACCAUACAUAUGUCCUAAGUAUAUUGAAUUCGUUCGAUCAAGCGAUGCCAAAGGAGUUUCUACAGAAGUAGAAGAUCAUUGUCUUGAGUAUGCGCAUGUUUGUUCAUACGGUCGACGAUGCCGAAUCACAGAUGAAAAUCAUUUGGAAACAUCAAUUCAUAUUAUCCGGCAACUAUGUCCAAAAGGUAGUAACUGUGCAAAAUUAACUCAAGAAUAUCAUUUAGAAUCGUACACGCAUCCUGACAUACGAGACAUUCGUUUAUUAUGCAACAUACCUGGCUACAAAUGUUCUGAACGAUUUAACGAAAACCAUUUAAAAAACUACCGGCACAACAAAAAUCACGAUCAUUUUUAUGUAGCACCGUCUAGUAAUCUCAAUGUAUCGAUUAAUUUUGCGCGUAAUCAAAGUCAAUUAAUUACGUCUGUGAAUAACUACAUUGACAGGAUGAACUGGCGAAAGGUCGCUAUUUCUCCCGAAAUAGUUAAUUGGGACAUGUUAUGA